AUGGCGGCAAAAAUCAUUGAUGCAAAGGAUAUUUCACCAGCCUGGAAGGUUUUGCAGAUGAAAAUGAAGGAGGAGGAAGCGGCAAAACCGGAAAAAAUGGAAGAAGACGCGGAUAACGAGGGUUUCACCAAAGUGCUCACAAAAAACCAGAAAAAACAAUUGAAUCGAAAGCGGCGAGCACAAGAAGCAUUAGAAGAGGCAAUGAAUUCGCAAAAGAAAUCGAGAGAACACUACGAUAUUCCGGUUUUGAUAAAAGAUGAUGAAAUUGGUGAAGCGACACAAUUAAUGGCAUUGGAUUGUGAAUAUGUUGGAGGUGGAAAUGAGGGAAAUAUUGAUAUUUUGGCCAGAGUUUCGAUUGUUAAUGAUGUAGGUUUUUAAGGGGGUUUGGAGAGGAAAAACUGAAAAUUUUAAAUUUUUAGUCAAAAAUUCGAGAAAAAUGUGAAAAUUUGCCCGGAAAGCUCGAAAAAACAGCUGGAAAUCCAGGUUUUCAGAAAGAUUUUCUUGAAAAUUAUGAAUUCCCUGCUCAAAAUCUUGAAAAUUGCUGAAAAUCUGUGGUUUUGAGCUUAGAAACCUGAAAAACCAUAAAAAUCUGGAAGUUUUUAUAGAAAAUAUAGAAAAUUUGGGAUUUUCAGCCAAUUUUAGCUUGAAAUCUCUAAAAAUUGUACUUUCCCAUCAAUUUUUGAUCCAAAACUAUCAUCAGAAAAAAAAAUGAAAAUUUGAAUUUUCCACAAAAACGGGGAGAGUUCAAUAGAGCGCAUUUGCUGUUUUUGGCUCGAAAUUCGUCGUUUCUAGCUCAAAAUUCAUGAAAAUCGUGUUUUUCAUCAAUUUUAACCUAAAAAUCAUGAAAAACAACGAUUUUUGGUCGAAAAAUAGCAAAUGCGCUCUGUUGAACUCUACGCGUUUUUAUGGAAAAUCCAAAUUUUUUUUUUCUAAAAUUGGUCCUAAGCUUAUUUAGACUCAAAAAAUCCCAAAUUUUUGCAGAAAGGCAAAAUCGUGUAUGACAAAUAUGUUCGACCAACCGAAAAAGUGACCGAUUACCGUACUCAAGUCUCCGGAAUUCGACCAGAAGAUCUAUCAAAAACCUCACAAAAAUGCCUCACUUUCGAUCAGGUUCAAAAAGAGACCACAAAAUUGAUCGAGGGAAAAAUGAUUGUUGGACACGCGAUUCAUAAUGAUUUUCGAGUUUUGAAGAUUGCUCAUGGUAGAAAAAUGACGAGAGAUACGGCAAAAUGUUUGGUUUUGAAGCAAAGAGUUCAACAAAAUCGAGGAGUGAGUGAUUUUUGACCGAAAAACCAUGAAAAACAUUGAAUUUUGACGCAAAACUAGCAAAUGCGCUCUAUUGAACUCUCCCCGUUUUCAAGAAAAAUUCAAAUUUUCAUUUUUUUUUCUUUUAGCUGAAAUUGGCGGAAAAUCGAUUUUUAACCAAAAAACUAUUAUUUUGAUCUGAAAUUUGCUAAAAUUCCUAAUUUUCCAUCAAAUUCCACCCGAAAACCAUGAAAAACAACGAAUUUUGAGUCAAAAAUAGCAUAUGCGCUCUAUUGAACUCUACGCAUUUUUGUGGAAAAUUCAAAUUUUCUUCAUUUUUUUUCUUCUGAUGAAGUUGGUGAAAAACCGAUUUUUUAACCAAAAAACUAUGAUUUCGAUCUGAAAUUUACUAAAAUUUCUCAUUUUUAGCUUAAAUUCGUGAUUUUCCAUCAAAUUCCACCCAAAAAUCUCGAAAAACGACGAUUUUUGAGUCAAAAAGAGCAAAUGCGCUCUAUUGAACUCUCCCCGGUUCUUUGAAAAAUUCAAAUUUUCAUUUUUUUUUUCUCUGAUGGAUUUUGAGCUCAAGUUGAUGGGAAAAUCGUAUUUUUUUAGCUAAAAAUCAUGAAUUUCCUCAAAUUUAAAGGCACAUACAGUAUUCUUUCAAUUUUCCAGACCCCGUCGCUCAAAAAACUGGCCAAAGAAGUUCUCGGAAUCGAUAUUCAACAAGGCGAACACUGUUCGGUAGGUCGAAUUUGGUUUUCUAGGCCCUCUUGGUUUUCUAGGCCACCUAACAUUCCAAUAUUUCCAGAUUCAAGAUGCUCGAGUUGCUCUUCGCCUUUAUGAAGCCGUCAAAAAACAAUGGGAAGCUGAAAUCAAACGAUUCAGAAGUUAG